AUGUUGAAGACGGCAAGAAGGGUAGAUAGAGUGAAUCACGACCGUUUCCUCUAUAAAACCGCCGUAGCUCUAAUAAUUUUCACCAAUUUUACACUGACUGUUAUCGGUUAUAACAGCAUCCCCUGGGUUAAGAUAGAAAAGACCAACACCAAACAGAAUAAUGGAAGUUACGCCUUUGACAAAGUCACAAAAAAGGGAUAUUUGAGCAACUUUCAGGAGGAUUUAGACGCGCUUUUUGACUUUUAUCACUCCAAGGAGAAGGGAUCGAAGAGGGACAAGCACUUCAUUAAUGCAUAUAAUUGUGCGCAAGCGAUUGGUAACGUAGACACAAUUGAACACCUCAACGCUAAUACAAAAGCUAUUAAUUACAAUUUACGUCUCAACAGCGAGAGCCUCCUGACUUUACCAACUUUCUUCAGCAUUGAACCACCCGGCUUCUACUUCUCAGUAAUUGCUAUUCGAAUUGCCUUAAAGUGCAUCCUCUUUGGCAUUUUGGUUGAACUUAUAGAUCCCAGCUAG